AUGCGAAUAUCAACAGAACUACAGGGCGAAAUAAUGAAAUCUAUCAUCACAAUAGAGCCAACAUUCUCUCAAUUACCGAUAACCCACGUAUGUCACUGUGUCAGGAACCCUUCUCCAAAUCGUUACGGAAUGCAAGGAUGUGUGGUGCCAUUAUUUUCUAAUGGGUGCUCAAAAAUGCUUAAGUAUGACAGUCCUAAAGAAAGCACAACUGAAAACAGCUGUGUUAACACACCUAUUAAGACACAGGCCUUGGAAGGUUUUUUGAGGACUCAGAGACAGGGUGAAGUAUUACUUAGCGUUUUCUGCAGAUCUCGCGGCUGCACACGCGGCCAGACUUCCUCCUAUCCGACGGGCCUCAGGGUUCAAGGACCCGUUUUCUUAAUCUCUCAAACAAGCCGGGGCACACCGCAGAAGGAUGUUAUUAUCAAGUCAGAUGCACCCGACACCCUAUUAGUGGAGAAGCAUGCAGAUUAUAUAGCAUCCUAUGGCUCAAAGAAAGAUGAUUACGAAUACUGUAUGUCUGAAUAUUUGAGAAUGAGUGGCAUCUAUUGGGGUCUGACUGUAAUGGAUCUCAUGGGACAGCUACAUCGCAUGAAUAGAGAAGAAAUUCUGACAUUUAUUAAGUCUUGUCAACAUGAGUGUGGUGGAAUAAGUGCUAGUAUUGGACAUGAUCCUCAUCUUUUGUACACUCUUAGUGCUGUCCAGAUUCUUACUCUCUAUGAUAGUAUUAAUGUUAUUGAUGUAAAUAAAGUUGUGGAAUAUGUUCAGAGUCUACAGAAAGAAGAUGGUUCUUUUGCUGGAGAUAUUUGGGGAGAAAUCGACACAAGAUUCUCUUUUUGUGCGGUGGCAACUUUGGCUCUAUUGGGGAAGCUGGAUGCUAUUAAUGUGGAAAAGGCAAUCGAAUUUGUUUUAUCAUGUAUGAACUUUGAUGGUGGAUUUGGUUGCAGGCCAGGUUCUGAAUCCCAUGCUGGGCAGAUCUAUUGUUGCACAGGAUUCCUGGCUAUUACUAGUCAGUUGCAUCGAGUAAAUUCUGAUUUACUUGGUUGGUGGCUUUGUGAACGACAGCUUCCAUCAGGUGGACUCAAUGGAAGGCCAGAGAAGUUACCAGACGUAUGCUAUUCUUGGUGGGUGUUGGCUUCCCUAAAGAUAAUUGGAAGGCUUCAUUGGAUUGACAGAGAGAAACUGCGCAGU